AGUACCAUUUUUAUUUAUAAAGAUAAAUAGGUUAUCUGAUUGGUCAGGUGGGUUAACGUGUCAAACGUUUCAAAAUGCUGGAACUAAAAGUGACCCAGCCAGGCGUGAACAGCACAGGUGCGCACCAUAGAUAAAUUGCCCAAGGCUGAAUUCAAUCUUCAUAACACCAAAGUGGGCGUCAUAGGCCUAUAAAAAGGUCAUUGUAAGUGUAACAUAUUAUAAGACUAUCCAAAGGAAAAACACAAUGAAGGUAUUUGUUAGCAGAACAACGAAGAAACCCUUCAGAGAGCACAAGAGGAAAAACAAGGCCUACUCCACCUUCAUCUACAAGAUCCGGAGAGAGGUUGGAAAUAAUGGGCCACAUUUGGCAUUACUUAAACCUAUUUGUAAAUUAAUGUCUCAGGGCUCGCCAACCCUAUUCCUGGAGCGCUACCCUGCUGGUGACUGCAUCCCCAUCAUGGACCGUUUAUUGGUGAACGAGUCUACCUGCCCGCGGAGGGUGCUGGUCCGUCUGGUCGGCUCCGAGGCCGCCCGCCUGUCACGGCUCAACAGGAGGAAAGUCAUCACCCAACUAGAGGUCCACACUGCCAUGGCACGGCUGAGACAAGGGAGAAAACAUGCCAGGCAACCGGGCGCCUGAAUGCUCUUAUGAACGCUUUUAAUUUUAUGUAUAUUUAAUAAAGAUGUCUUGUUUUUA